AUGCCAUCGCGACGCAGCCACACCAAGUCCCGGAAGGGUUGUCUGGAGUGCAAGAGGAGACACAUCAAGUGCGAUGAAGAACUCCCGAAAUGCACUCUGUGUCGGAAGCGCAAGCUAGAAUGCAGCUACCCUCCAAAUUCAAAUGACCUAGAUAGUUCUCAAGGCUCACCUGCUCCUCGUGAUGAUUCCGAGAGCACACUGACGCCGUCUGAUGAUCUAGCUAUACCAAACCGCAUGGUAGAGAUGAGGCUCAUGCACCAAUAUUUGACAUCGACUCACCUCACACUCGCCAGGGAUGGUAUGUCUUCGCAUCAUUUGGCAAUGGUCAUUCCUCGGAUGGCUACUUCUUUUCCCUACCUGCUAGACAGCAUCCUUGCUUUGACCGCAUUGCACUUGGCUACUGUCGAGCCGGAAAACCAUUUAACCUGGCUUGAUGCUGCGGUGCGGUACCAGAGCCAUUCGUGUUCUGGGAUGGGUAAAGUUCUCCCAGUAAUUACGCCCGAGCACUAUGAGCCAGCUUUCAUGUCGUCUAUCUUCAUCAUGCUGUUCGCCAUAGGGCUUUCGGGCCUCUCCCGGGCUAAUCGCCCUAUGGAUCCUAUCGCUGCGGUAUUGGAAGUGCGAACCCUGAUAACCGGCUGCGCAAUGCUCUUCAAUCGCUUCUCAGAGGUAGGUGCUCAAGUAGACCUUGAGCGCUGGUCUGAGAUUUCUGGAAUCCAGGAAUGCCUGGAAAUCGAGCCGCAGCCAGACAACAAAACCUCUGAUAAUGGUCCUCUAAAAUUACUCGAGCUCCAUAAGAACCUAAUGAAUUCACUUAUGCGGUUACUAGCCGUGAUUGAUAUCGAUCGGUCCCCAAAUCAACCAGUUUAUAAAGCUGCGUGGGAUUCUUUGCACCAGGCCGUCGGACCAUGGCCAAGGCUCGGUGACCAUGGCGGAGUCAUUUCAUGGCCGUUUCUUAUCACCGAGGAGUUCAUCUCUCUAGCACAGAAUGGUCACUGGAUUGCGCGGAUUCUCUUUCUUCACUAUAGCGUUGCUAUGCGCCUAUGGGGCAACCGUUGGUAUGUGCGUGAUUGGGGCCGUCGGUCGGUCCUCGCUAUACUAAACACCAUCGACGAAAUUCCGCCCCAUUGGGCGGAAACAAUAUCUUGGAUUAAAGAAGGCGUUGAAAUCAAUGACUAG